AUGAGCCGUACGGCGGUGAAGCAGCUCAACCUACUUCGCAAUGCUGUUGGCAUAACAUCCCGGCGAGUGACAACCAGGUGGCAGACUAAUACAGUCGGGACGAACCAACUCAGAUGGGGCCGCAUAUCAGCAGGAAUCUCAUCGCGCAGACUACAAACCCGGUAUCUUAGUACGACGCCGGCUAGUCUUAACAGCAACGAAGAUGCGCAAUCCGGAACUUAUAGUGAAACCGAUCACGAGCAUGCCGUUAUCUCGACUUUCGAUCUCUUUUCUGUCGGCAUUGGACCUUCUUCAUCUCACACGGUUGGGCCCAUGCGGGCUGGCGGUAUCUUCGUAGCCGAUCUAGUCGAGGCUGGUCUGCUAGACAAGGUGCACAAAAUACGCAUCUCGAUAUAUGGCAGUCUUGCGCUCACCGGAGAGGGCCAUAUGACACCUUCUGCACUAUUAUUGGGUCUCGAGUCCGCAAGUGUAGAGACAGUUGACACGUCCUAUGUGCCUACUCGUUUUACCCAGAUUAAGAAGGACAAGAAACUUUUCUUAGGACACGGACUACCAGAGGGCAAAGGUAAAGAGAUCGACUUUGACUAUGAGCGAGACUUCAAAUGGGAAUGGGGUAAGAAGUUACCCGUGCACAGUAAUGGAAUGCGCUUCAUGGUAUUCGACGAUCAAGGAACGCUGCUUGCGACCAACGACUUUUUUAGUGUGGGUGGAGGUUUUGUUGUCAAUGGUGCAUUGUCAACUGCUGCUACGGCCGCAGCAGAAAGUCAAGCUGCGGAACUCGCUGCAGCUGACAGCAAAGAACUUCAAACUGAAGGAAAUGGAGGACAUCCAGCUGAUUUAGCCGAAAACCUGUUCUACAAAGAGAUUAGGAGAGCAGACGCGGCGGGAGAUCGUAGGACUGGCUCUGAAAUUAAGCCCUUGGAUGAAGCCGCCGACGAAUCUACGGCUCUAGCUAAUACGAGCCCGCAAAUGGGAACAAAGAGUUCUCCUAUCACAUCCGCAGCCUCAGAGACCGAAGCUGCAGGCACCGAGACCACGUCUACACAACCUCGCUAUCCGUUCCGUGACGCUCGCAGCCUAUUGGCACUAUGCCAUAAGCACAACCUAACUAUUGCACAGCUAGUGUACGAGAACGAAAAGGGUCAUGGGUACACGGAUGACGAGAUCUAUAGGAAAUUGAUGAAUAUCUGGGAAGUUAUGGACGAUAGCAUACUUGAAGGCGUACAAGCACCACUUGAUACCACUCUACCUGGCUCCCUCAAAUUACACAGACGAGCGCCGGCACUUUACAAACGACUAACCAGGGGCCUUUACCCUUCUCAUACCCAGUCACCAAGCUCAGCCAAACUACAUGCACAAUUGACAUCUUCGAAUAACGACAGUAGCCCAACAUCAUCGGCAGGUACAGCCAUAUCCGAGUUACCGAAGAAAGAGGUAGCCGCACUGAACCGGAGAAGCGCUGUUGGCAGACGUGGCCCUCUACGUAUACAUGGCGACGUUUAUCACCCGAUUAGGCCAACGCCUCUUCGCCGCACUACGUUUCCGGCCAUGGAUUACUUAUCCGUCUACGCCAUUGCCGUCAAUGAGACGAAUGCAGCGGGUGGACGGAUUGUGACGGCACCAACUAAUGGCGCAGCGGGUAUCAUUCCUGCUGUGCUCAAGUACACAGUCGAGUUUGUCAGUGACGACGUCGAGCGCGACAUACUCACUUUCCUCUUGACGGCGUCUGCUAUCGGAAUGCUGUACAAGCGUGGUGCAACCAUCUCGGCAGCGGAAGGGGGCUGUAUGGCUGAAGUAGGGGUUGCCUGUUCGAUGGCGGCUGGUGCUUUCGCAGCCUGUAUGGGCGCGAGCCCCGAGGUGAUUGAACAAGCGGCAGAAAUCGGCAUCGAGCACAAUCUAGGACUGACUUGCGAUCCCAUCGCAGGGCUCGUUCAGGCGCCUUGCAUCGAGCGCAACGCCUUGGGUGCUGUGAAGGCCAUCUCAAGCGCGAACUUAGCUCUUAGCAGCGAGGCCGGCACCCCCAAGGUUAGGCUCGACGAUGCUAUCCGUGCCAUGCGGGUCACAGCGCAAGGGAUGCGGAAUGAGUUCAAGGAGACGAGUCUUAGCGGUUUGGCUACAAGCGUGCCUCUUAACAUUCCCGUUAGUCAGCCCGACUGCUGA